CUACAACAAUGUGAAGAGUCGUUUCAAGCGCUUUGGCAGUGCCAAGGUCCUGAAAAACCUGUACAGAAAGCACCGUCUGGAGAGCGGCAUGGGCUUCGACCUCCUAGGUGGAGGCUUUUUUGAGUCAAACCUGGAGAAUGAAGGAAGUGUUUCAGGCAGUGACUCAGCAUUCUACAGGCAGUCAGAAGGACAUAGCAUGAUGGACACCUUGGCUGUUGCCCUAAGAGUAGCUGAAGAGGCCAUCGAGGAAGCCAUUUCCAAAGCAGAAGCCCAUGGGGACAGCCUGGACAAGCAGAAUGAGGCCAGUUACCUGCGAGACCACAAGGAGGAGCUAACUGAGGAGCUAGCCACAACAAUCCUGCAGAAGAUCAUAAGGAAGCAGAAGAGCAAGAAUGAACAGCAAGUGGAGGAGCCAGAAUGGCAACAACCCCAGAGUUGCAGCACAGAAGUGGCAGACGAAGCAGUGGGAGGAUCUCCAGCACCCCGUACCCUCUGGCGGUCCCACUCUGCGUUCUCAUUCACUGGAGAAGAUUCCCGGAAGCCCUCUUCCCCGGGGACUGUGUUGAGGCAGCAGGUGGCCCGGGGCCAGCAUCCAAGGGAGGAGCGUGCUCUGCCCAGCUGGAAGAGCAUGGACAGGCUGGAUGGAACUAAUCUGGCCCCGGUUUUGCAGAGCCCUGACGGGAACUGGGUGGCCCUGAAGGAUGGCACUCUGUCCCCAACCCGCCUGCUGGCCAAACCUAAAAGUGGGACAUUUCAGGCCCUGGAGGUGGCUUCCAGUGCGGCAUCUGCCUAUGAUGAGAUGGGUUCUGACAGCGAGGAAGACUUUGACUGGAGUGAAGCCUUGAGCAAGCUGUGUCUGCAGUCCCAGGGCCUGCCCAGGCACCGCCAGCCUGCACAGGCCCAGGACUCUGGCCAGGGUCCCUCAGCCAUCGCUCCCUCCUCUGUGCUCUCCCCCAACCCUGAGGCCGGGAGCUCUGACUCAGAGACCUCCUCAGCAGGCUCUUCUCGGGAAGCUGGACAUCGGGCCAGGCUGUCCUGGAUGCAGAGGAAGGGCCCCAAGAACCCUGCAGCAGAAAGGAUGCACCUCCAGGGAGAUCUGGAUGUGAACUUCAACCCCCAGGUGGCCAGUGGUGAGACCUCGGACAGCAGUGAGCCAGAAGAGGCCCUCCACACCGUAGACCGGCGGGCCGGGAGGUGGAGAAGGGCCCGAGUGGGCUCAGAGGAGCCAAACAAGGAAGCAUCCCCCCCCACAGCCCACUCGCAGGAUCUGCACACGCAACAGGUGUUUGAUGAUUUGUCAGAGACUGACAUCAGCACUGAGGCUCAGCACUCCCGGACCAGCACAGACACCGCAGAGGAGAAGCUGAGAAAUAGGUUAUACGAGUUAGCCAUGAAAAUGAGUGAAAAGGAGACUUCUUCAGGGGAGGACCAGGAAUCUGAGCCCAAGACAGAAUCUGAGAACCUGAAGGAAAGUCUGUCUUCUGAGGAAAACAACCAGAGUGUCCAGGAAGAGCUGAAGAAGAAGUAUUCUGCUGUUUCUCUCUGCAACAUCUCCACAGAAGUCCUGAAAGUCAUCAAUGCCACAGAGGAGUUGAUAGAGUCUGCAGAGCCCUGGGAGUCCCCACCUGCCCCUUGUGACAGAGAAAAGGGGACAUUUCCUCUUGGGACAGAUCAAGUGAGACUGGAUGAGCAGCUGACUUCACUGGAAGAAAACGUGUAUCUGGCAGCAGGCACUGUGUAUGGACUGGAGGGCCAGCUGACUGAGCUCGAAGAUGCUGCCCGCUGCAUCCACAGUGGCACCGAUGAAACCGAGUUGGCAGAUCUAGAGGACCAGGUGGCUGCAGCUGCAGCCCAGGUGCACCAUGCUGAGCUCCAGAUUUCUGACAUCGAGAGCCGGAUUUCAGCCCUGACCAUGGCGGGCUUAAACAUCGCGCCAUGUGUGCGCCUCACCAGAAAACGGGAUCAGAAGCAAAGGAGUCAGGUACAAACUAUAGACACGUCAAGGCAGCAGAGGAGAAAACUGCCUGCUCCGCCAGUGAAAGCUGAAAAAACAGAGACAUCUUCAGUGACCACCAUUAAAACAUUUAACCGCAACUUCAUUCUCCAAGGCUCCUCAACAAACAGGCCUACAAACAGGAAGAGCACCACCAAGGACUUGAUGGAGCCCGCUCCAGAGUGUGCUGUGAUGGACUAAUGCCAUGGAGCUCCACUGCCAGUGACCCACUGCCUCCGGCCGUACACGACAGUGCCUUGACCCAACAGCCAUCGAGUACUGUAGGGAUUUCCCCCUGAGGAGAGGGCUCGGG